UCUUUUUUGGGAUUCGUUCUACUUUCUUUCAAUUGUUUUAUUCUUUUUUAUUUAUUUAUUUAUUUAUUUUUUGCCCCUCUAAAAUCUCGUCCACAAAACCCUACCUUUUUCCGGAAUCAAUAGCUCAUAUACGGUUUAUACCCUCUCUCUCUCUCUCUCUCUCUCUCGCUUUAUUAUUCUUUUCCUUCUUUGUUUCGGGGUUGAAUUUCCUAGUCAUUUAAGGUGCAUAAUUGUUUAUCUUCCAUAAAAAUGUUCUUUUGAGUCUUUUGGUACAAUCGGGCAAAAAGUCAUUUUCUCAUAAAAUGGUUGCUGUUGAUGAUGAUGAUGAAGAAUAUUAUUUUGGAUUUUUAAGCUCCUAAGUUUCUGGGGGGGCUGGAUUUGAUUUUCAUAUAUUCUUUUUCCACAAUUGCAUAUUUAAUCUCUUCUGUAGAUUGUCCCUAUUUGAUAAUUUGAAUACAUUUUUCUCUGGUUUUUCUGUUUGUAUUUUGAUGAACAAAAAUAUGUUAAUUUUUAAACAAUUAUUUUAAUAGAAUUUGAACUGGGUCUAUUAAAGAUUUCCCCGUGGGUUUCCUCUGCUCUGCUCUUUGGAAUUUUACGGUAAUGGAUUCAAGCAAAGGUGAGGGUGUUGGAGACCUUGAGAAGGAUGAGAAAUCAAAUAACAGAGAAGGAGAUGGUUCCUCUGGUAAAGCUAAGGCGUUGGGUCUACAGGGAAAGGAUGAUUUGGGAAGCAUAAGUGAGAAAAAUAUGCUAUUCAGAGCGGAUAUGAUUGAUUUUAAGAGCUGGGAUGUGCAGUUGGAGAAGCACUUGAGCAGGGUUUGGUCCAGGGAGAGAGAAGCGUGUACAAGGAAGGAGGAGUGGGAAUUCGAUUUGUGUAAACUGGAUAUAAGAUAUCUGGUUGCUCAGGGAGCUUAUGGUACUGUAUAUCGUGGUUCCUACAAUGGUCAAGAUGUUGCUGUGAAGAUUUUGGAUUGGGGAGAAGAUGGUAUGGCCACGGUUGCUGAAACAGCUGCUCUUCGGGCAGCAUUUCGGCAAGAGGUUGCUGUUUGGCAUAAGCUUGAUCAUCCAAAUGUUACGAAGUUUCUUGGCGCUUCGAUGGGAACUUCAAAUCUUAAAAUCCCUUCCAACAGCACAUCAAGUGACGACCAAAAUUCUCUUCCUUCCAGGGCUUGUUGCGUUAUUGUUGAAUACCUUCCAGGCGGGACACUAAAAAACUUUUUAAUCAGGAAUAGGAGAAGGAAACUUGCCUAUAAGAUUGUGAUUCAACUUGCUUUGGAUCUUUCUAGAGGUUUGAGCUACCUUCACUCAAAAAAGAUUGUACACCGGGAUGUCAAAACUGAAAACAUGUUGCUAGAUGUUGGUAGGAAUCUGAAAAUUGCUGAUUUCGGUGUUGCUAGAGUCGAAGCCCAGAACCCAAGGGAUAUGACAGGGGAGACUGGAACUCCUGGUUACAUGGCCCCAGAGGUUCUUGAUGGUAAGCCUUACAAUAGAAAAUGUGACGUGUACAGUUUUGGAAUAUGCUUAUGGGAAAUCUAUUGUUGUGAUAUGCCUUACCCUAAUCUAAGUUUUGCUGAUAUAUCCUCUGCAGUUGUGUGGCAGAAUUUACGACCAGAGAUCCCAAGGUGUUGUCCAAGUUCUCUGGCAAACAUCAUGCGAAAAUGUUGGGAUGCAAACCCAGAGAAACGCCUUGAAAUGGAUGAGGUAGUGAGGCUGUUAGAAGCAAUAGAUACAAGCAAGGGAGGUGGAAUGAUUCCUGAUGACCAGACUCCUGGUUGUUUCUGUUUUGCCCCAGCUCGUGGCCCCUAAAUUUCUCAUUCUUAUUUUCUCGCUACUUUUAUCCAUGAGCCUGGGUGAUAAAAAGAACAUAUAUAUUUAUAUAUAUAUAUAUGCUACCUUUUUAAUUAAUCGUAUUUUUAUAUAAUUAAUGUUAAUUAAUUUUUAUCAGCAAUAUAUUUAAUUUAAAUUUAUUA